AUGGUGCAAGUGACUGCGCCAACUUUCCCGCCAACCCUCGCCGAUCUGAGCAGAAAUGCAUCUGUCAUCUCCUCAUCUUCCGACACUGACGCCGAAACCAUCCCGUCUGAAGUACUCAAGACUCCACGCCCAAGACCAGCUCGCGCAUUCUCCUCACCACGUUCGCGAAGUCCACAGGCCCCAACUGCUGCUCCCCCCCGACCUCCAAAUUAUCUCACUCGUGAACUCGGAGUAUCCAACCAUGCACCGCCAGAACCCGCACAGCAGACCAAGGAGAGGAGCAAGAGUAGGAAGAGAUCACGAGAGGCAAGUAGGGCCAGGAGUGCAAAUGGUAGAUUGGGAGCACAAGAAUUUUCGUUUGGAGAUACGCUUGGAGAAGGAUCUUAUUCCACGGUAAUGCGUGCACAGUACAUAAGGACAGGACAGGAAUAUGCUAUCAAGAUCCUCGACAAGAACCAUCUCAUUCGAAAGGAAAAGAUGCUUGUUGCACUCGCAGAGAAGAAUGUCCUCGUCAAACUGGGCGCCGGUCACCCCGGAAUCAUACAUCUACACUGGACCUUCCAAGACGAGUGGAGCUUAUUCUUUGUCCUUGACUUGGCACCCAAUGGGGAGAUGCAAUCUCGUAUAUCACGGCUUGGCUCUCUAAGCCUUGCCUGUUCGAAAUAUUACGCAGCACAGAUCGUUGACGCACUAGAGUAUAUGCAUGGGAAAGACGUCAUACAUAGAGACCUCAAACCCGAGAACCUCCUUCUAGAUGCAGAGUUUCGAAUAAAGAUUACCGAUUUUGGUACCGGAAAGAUAUUAGAGAACGGAGCGGAGAGAGCCAACACAUUUGUGGGUACUGCGCAAUACGUCGCGCCAGAGUUGCUAGAGAGGAACGAGACGAGUAAGAGCUCGGACCUCUGGGCCCUCGGCUGUAUAAUCUACCAAAUGAUCUCCGGCCGCUUCGCAUUCCAAGGCUUAAGCGAAUACCUCACCUGGCAAAAGAUCAAAUCCCUCGACUACACCUUCCCAGACGGAUUCGACGAAGAUGCCAAGGAUCUCGUGCGGCGUCUCUUCGUACGCGAUCCGGCGCAGCGUCUUGGUGCUGGCGGGCCAGAUUCUGCAUAUUCGUACGCGGCGUUGAGGGCACACCCAUUUUUCGCGGAUGUUUCGUGGGAUACGCUGUGGAGUGAUCCUGCGCCGGUGUUGGAGGCGGGAUUGGUGAAGAAGGAGGUGGUGGUUGCGGAUGAGGUUGAGGGGGGGCAGUGGGAUGAUGUUGGGGAGAUGUGGGAUCGAUUGGUGGGUGGGAAUGCUGGCGUUAGUUUCAGUGUGAGCGGGGAUGGGGAGGGCUGUGAGGGAAGUGGGGACGGGAUAGUGUGGGCUGAGGACAGCGAGGGGACGAAGUUGCAUUCGUUCAAGGCACGGCAUGCAGGUGGUAGGUACGCGGAAGAGGGUCCCAUGGGAGAGAUGCCCGAUUACCUUGCGUGGAAAUCGAGGAAUGGGGGGAGGGUGAUGCCAGGGCUGGAGGAGGAUAUAGAGGAGACGCAGACUGUCGUUGGCGAGCAUGACGCUGUGCCAGAAAUACAGACCCCUCCUCCACUACCACUACCACUACCACAGGCCGCCACGGAACCUCAGCCCCCGUCAGAAGUCACCCUUGUGCCUGCUGUGAUCUUGCCUGCAGCUAUAUCCUUGACUAUCCCCAGAGCAGACGGACCAGGCUCUGGUUCUAGCUCAUCAGACGGGAGCCCUGUCGAUAGGGUAGCAGUAGACCUCAACGUCAAGAUGAGGAUUGGCACCGAUGUCGAGGCGAAGCUGAAACCAAGUCUAUCGCGCGGACGAAAUCGCGCGCAGACUCCUGUACAGGGUAACGGACCAUGUUCGAACGCAGAUUGGUCAUGCCUCCUCCUACCCUCCGAACUCGUCCUCUUCUACACACGUGUCGAAGCUCGAUCACCCAAACGCCGUGGUAGCAGACUCCGUCUUCCCAUUAGCACGAGCCUCACGAAGACGAAGACGAGGCAGCUGGUGCUUACGAACAUGCGGCUCUUAUGCGUGAAGCAGAAAGUGGGCGGUCAAUUGAGUUUGAAGAGUGAGCUUGGGUUGGGUGUGGGCGCGGUUGAGAAGGGGAAGGAUCGGGAGAAACCUAGAGAAGGCAAGGAGAAGGAGCGAGACACAUGCAAGGAAGGGAAAGACGUGAUCGAGUGUGCGGAGCCGAAAGGUGAACGAGAGUUUGUGAUUUUGACCUCUAGGAAGUCACAGACUUAUGCUGCUGAAACGAGAGCUGUUUCUGCGAUGUGGGUGGAGAAGAUCAAUGCGGCUCUCGCACGUGCACCCCAGACACGGACUCAGGCAUGA